GCCGCCAGCUGGACUUCUGAUUGCGUUGGAAAGGAUGUUUAUUCCAAAUAACAAAAUAUGAAACUCCACCUGAUAAGAAAUUACGCCAGCAAGGUUAGCAGGGAGCGCUAUGCCAGCAGUAGCCUAAAGAUCUACCGCCGGAUGAAACCCUUGCCAAAGGUAAACAAUCCAAAAAAGCCGGAGAAUGUGGAGGAGCAACCUGAUUAUGCGGAGAAUCUCGUUAAGGUGCAGAUGAUCUCGCGUAAUCUGCACGUACAGCUAUUUCCUCAAACCCCUAGAAGCAUUUCGGAUCAGCAGGUGACCUCCGCCAAGUUUUUCCAGGAUGAGUUGCGCAAGCACGGCGUAGACAUCGAAAGCUGUGAUCCUGUUCCAGAUGUUCAACUAAAACUACCUCCAUUAAGGGGCGCCAACAUUGAAGAGCACUUCUACAACAUAGCCAAGGAGCAGGUGCAGCCAUACGAGGAGCUACUUCUUCCUCUUGUUGAAUGUGAAGAACUACCAAAGCGACCCAAGCGAUGGGCCUUUUUUGCUGGAUGGACAGCAUAUGAUCCUGAGGCAGGAACGGCUAUUCCUGUGGAUCAACCACUUGAGAAAGGACUAAUCUUCGAUGUGGAGGUGUGCGUCAAGGAAGGACAGACUCCUGUUCUGGCCACAGCCGUCAGCACCAAGAGAUGGUAUUCCUGGGUAAGUCCCAAGCUCACCAAACACCGUCUGAGUCUUGCAAAAAUAGAACCCCUGGAUGCGGAUACGGAUUCAGAGCGACCGCACUACUCUCCCGAUGAACUUAUACCCCUGGGAAGGAAUGGACCUGGUCUGGUGGUUGGACACAAUGUCUCUUACGACAGAGCGCGACUAAAGGAGCAGUAUUUGAUCGAGGACACGGGCACUCGGUUCGUUGACACCAUGUCGCUGCACAUGUGCGUUAGUGGCGUGACCAGCUAUCAGCGUGCAAUGCUUAAGUCCAAGAAGGAACCGGCUCCUGAGGAUCUGGGAUGGCUUGAACAAAGCUCCCUUAAUAGUUUGGUGGAGGUACACCGACUAUAUUGUGGUGGAGAGUCAUUCUCAAAGGAACCUCGGAAUACUUUUGUAGAGGGAACUCUCGAGCAAGUGCGCCAGAGCUUUCAGGCGUUGACGAACUACUGCGCCGGCGAUGUGGAGGCCACCCACAGGGUGCUCCGAGUUUUGUAUCCUUUGUACGCAGAACGCUUCCCGCAUCCUGCAUCCUUGGCUGGGAUGUUGGAGAUGGGAUCCGCAUAUUUGCCUGUAAACUCUAACUGGGAGCGUUACAUACGCGAGGCGCAGCUAACCUACGAAGACCUUAUCAUCGAGGCCAAGUACCAUUUGGGACGCAGAGCUGAGGAAGCUUGCUCCUUGCUGCUAGACGAGCAGUACCGCCAAAAUCUGUGGCUGUGGGACGAGGACUGGAGCGUUCAGGAUCUGAAGCUAAAGCAGCCACCAAAGCGCAAGCCUUUGCCAAAGGAUGAGCGACAGAAUUGUGGAAAUACCCCAGAGCAGCGUCGUCUGCAAGCCAAAUUCCAGCACCUUUACGAUCAACGGGCAUUAUUGCCAGCUCGUAGACCAUUACUUCCCGGAUAUCCUCUGUGGUAUCGCAAGUUGUGCCGCAAACCACCAAAUAAAAAGAAAAACGAAAUCUUGGAAGACGAAGAAGAGAUGUGGUGCCCAGGUGCCAGCGAGAUCAGCACGAGUAUGCAGAUUGCCCCCAAGUUACUUUCCCUUUGCUGGGAAGGAUAUCCGUUGCACUACGAGAGAGAACAAGGGUGGGGAUUUCUAGUUCCUUUUCGCAGCGAUGCGGAAGGAGUGGAACGACUGCCAAUGGGUCAACUUUUGGAUCGUUGUCCAGUGCCCGAAUUUGCAAGACAGAGUGCCUCAAAGGCAGAGAGUGAUCUGGCUUUAGAUAUGCUCCCUGGUCAAGUUGAGCAGCAUCUAGGAAAGCGAGAGCACUACAAGAAGUUAUCUCAGAAACAACAACGCUUGGAAACUCAGUACCAAGGCUCUGGUGUUUGGUGCAACAAGACACUGGAAGAUUGUUGCUUUUUCCUUAAACUGCCCCAUAAGAAUGGACCCUCCUUUCGAGUGGGAAAUCCUUUGUCCAAGGAUUUCCUCAACAAGUUCUCCGAAAACGUGUUAAGCAGUGGAGAUCCAUCUUGCCAGGCUGCUGCCCGCGUCAUCGACAUUGCUCGCAUGAUGUCGUACUGGCGCAACAACCGGGAUCGUAUCAUGGGUCAGAUGGUAGUCUGGCUGGAUCAGCAGCAACUGCCUAAGGAACUCACUGGUGAAAAUGCCCAGCUGACGUCAUAUGGAGCCAUUUGUCCCCAGGUAGUUGCCUGUGGCACAUUAACUCGCCGAGCCAUGGAGCCCACAUGGAUGACGGCUUCGAAUUCGCGGCCUGAUCGCCUCGGCUCUGAGCUGCGCUCCAUGGUGCAGGCUCCACCGGGUUACAGGCUGGUAGGUGCUGAUGUCGACUCGCAGGAAUUAUGGAUUGCUUCCGUGCUGGGAGAUGCUUAUGCCUAUGGGGAACAUGGAGCCACUCCACUCGGCUGGAUGACUCUCAGUGGGAGUAAAUCGAAUGGUAGCGACAUGCACUCUAUAACAGCAAAGGCUGUCGGUAUUUCUCGAGAUCAUGCCAAAGUCAUAAAUUACGCCCGGAUCUAUGGAGCUGGACAAUUGUUUGCGGAGACACUGCUCCGCCAGUUCAAUCCCACUUUUAGUGCUUCCGAGGCUAAAGCCAAGGCUAUGAAAAUGUUCUCCAUUACCAAAGGCAAGCGGGUGUAUCGCCUGCGAGAGGAGUUUCACGACGAACUAGAUGACAGGCCAUACAGCAGCUACGAGGCUUCUCGAAUUGCCAUUCAACGCAAUCGCACCCUCGGUGAAGUAUUUUAUCGUCCCAACUGGCAAGGUGGAACUGAGAGCGCCAUGUUCAAUCGUCUGGAGGAGAUUGCUACUCGGUCUCAGCCGCAAACACCUUUUUUGGGUGGACGCCUUAGUCGCGCAUUGGAAGCAGAUGGCGGCGCAGAUCAGGAGCAACGAUUCCUACCCACUCGCAUCAACUGGGUGGUACAAAGUGGCGCCGUGGACUUCCUUCAUCUUAUGCUGGUGAGCAUGCGCUGGCUCAUGGGACCGCACGUUCGUUUUUGUCUAAGCUUUCAUGAUGAAUUGCGUUACUUAGUCAAGGAGGAGCUGUCCCCCAAGGCGGCAUUGGCCAUGCACAUCACCAACCUAAUGACGCGGUCCUUUUGCGUUUCUCGCAUUGGACUCAAAGAUCUGCCCAUGUCGGUGGCCUUCUUUUCUUCUGUGGAAGUGGACACUGUCUUACGCAAAGAAUGCACCAUGGACUGCAAGACGCCAUCAAAUCCGCAUGGACUGCGUAUUGGUUAUGGGAUUCAGCCAGGUCAGAGUUUGAGUGUAGCAGAGGCAAUUGAGAAAGCCGGUGGUAACGAUGUCAGUCAGUGGACUUGGAUCAAACAGAGUUAGCUUGAAGUACUCAUAUUUAUUUGUAAUUUAAGUUGUUAAGUCAGUGACUAAGGGUUAUUAAGUUGAGUAGGGUAACUAGUUCCUCUAAAACGUUUUGAAAGGCAAAUUAAAUUUAAUUUAAAAACGAUUUGACAAGACAAUUUGGAUGUAAGCCAAUUUAUAUUUUCGGACCAAUUAAUGGCUGUCGAUACUAAGCAAAUUUGAAAUCAAAAUAUCUACCUCAUGGAACAUAUCUAAUAGUUAAGAUGUUGUUUAAUUUCUGUUGUUGGAUUAAUUACUAGUUUUUGUCCCAUGCCAAAUAAAAGAAAACAAUUUAGUCUAAAUCAAA